CAGUAAGCCGCCGCCAUGGAACGUGAACGGGUCACGCCUAAGAGUUAUCCGACCGGCCUCAUCGACAAAGACUGGUCUAAGCGUGAACUGUUCUUCAAAAGCAACUCUCAGCGUUUUCUCGAUGCCGUUCACGAUCUGGAGGUGCGAGACGAUGACGUGUGGGUGGUGACGCUGCCAAAAUGUGGCACCACUUGGAUGCAGGAGUUGGUCUGGCUGCUGAUCAACGACUGCAACUUCGAGGCGGCUCUGGCCAAAGACCUGGAACUGCGCAGUCCAUUCGUCGAGUUUAAUUUCAACGCACACGGGGAUGAUAGUAAGGUCUUUGCUGUCCAAGAUGUUGACUCGCCGCGGGUCAUCAAGUCCCAUCUGCCGCUGCCCCUGCUGCCUGCCCAGUUGUGGCAGAAGCGGCACAAAGUGGUGUACGUGUUUCGGAAUCCCCUUGAUGCCUUGGUCUCUCGGUACUAUCAUGGCGUGACCUAUGGCCACAACUACGGCAAGACCUUGGCACAGUUUAUCGAAGAGAAUCUUGACACAGAUGCCACAUUCAGAAAUGCCAUCGAACACGCCCACGAGUUCUAUCAGCUGCGGCAUGAGCCCUGGCUGUACUACACGAGCUUCGAGCGCAUGAAGAAGGAUCUCCGAGCUGUGGUCGAGGAUCUGUGUCGCUUUCUGAACAAACCCAUAGUGGAUCAGCCAAUGGAUCAACUGCUAAAGCAUCUAUCUUUUGAGGAGAUGAAAAAAAAUCCAACAACGAAUCAUCUGUGGGAGAUAUCGCAAGUGAAUCACAAAGAUGCCGGCAAGGAAAAGCACAAUUUCGUUCGUCGUGGCAAGGUGAACGGAUACAAAGAUGAGCUGUCCGGCGAGCAGAUAGAGAAGGCGAACCACUACAUACAGCGGUGUCUGGAGGAGAAGGCCGUAACUCUGGAUGAGCUUCUGCUACUAAAUGAUCCGUAAAUAAAUAUAUGGGCCAAUGAAAUCUUAGCAGAUGAUACGAGGUAGAAAACACUUUCUCAUUUGUAGUUUUGCG